CGCAAACCUUUGCGCGGCUGGACGCAUGUGCGAUGAAUUUUCGUAAAGAUGAUGAGUGAUUAUGUUAAAUGAUUUUUAUAUUUGUUUCCUCUAAAUGAUUAUUUGUUUUCCUAAUUAGCAAGUUUGAUUUAACUCAUUGUGUGAAAUAGUGAUGUUUAAAAUAAUUUUGGCCAUACACCAGAAGUUAUCUCUGAACUAAAAACAAAAAAUAAAAACAUUUUAAUUUUGUGCUAUGUGUAAUUCAACAUGGGGUCUUCAUUAGGAUGUACAAGAAAGAACGUAUCAAGGAAUGAAGCGUCUUCCAGUAGUUGUCGUCUGCCUCGUUGUAUUUGUGGAUGUGACCAACUCUCGAGGCAGGAUAUCGACAGGUUCACGGAUCGUCUCGAAAAUGUUUUAAAUUCUCGCAAUGGAACCGAAGUCUUUCUAAAAUAUCUCAGGCAUAACAAUUUUGGAGAAUCAGUUAAGUGCGUCGAAUUCUGGCGGCUUUGUAAUGAAUAUCGCAUGGCUGAGCCAGGAGAAAAACCAAAGAUUUUGAUGGAUAUACAACAAGCUGCACAGGAUGUAGAUGAACUGGACUUUGUUGCAGUCGAAAGACUAAAUAACUGUGUCGAACAGGGAGUUGUGGAAGAGACAAACAAUUGUAUUAUCUAUUUACAAACGACUGUAAUACAUUUACUGAGGCAGGAUUAUGAUAAAUUUAGAGAUUAUUUGCUCAAAAAAAUAAAUAGGUGACCCCUUUCGAGAUUGUCUAUAUAAAGAGAUUUUUAAGAACUAAACAAGUGAUA